AUGUGCAACCUCCCGAUGCGGAGGGCAGGAAACAAAUGGGGAGGGAAGUCGCCCGUCGUUAGAUGCACGAUUUCGGGCAGCGUGUUUCGAGUGACGCGAAAUUGGGUUUGCACGUGUGCCAUGGCGGAGUGCUCCUUCGCUCGCUGCCAGCAGGAACGUCGAGCGAUACGCAAGGAGCUCCAGCGCUGGACAAAGAACAUGGUGUACAUACUGGUUCCACGAAUAUCUCUCCCCCCCUCGCGACAAAAUUCUCCGAAGCCAGAUGGAGUGGACAGAGACGUCGGGUCGAUGGCCAGGGCUGAAGUAUCGGCGCUGCUA